GAUCUCAAAUCCAAAAAAUGAUUCACGAUGAUUUUUACGACACUUCCGAUGAUUAUUUGUUUGCGACUGAAAAUCAGGAAAUUGUGGAUUCUCCAAGUGUUACACUUGAUGAACAGCCCCAAAGUUAUCAAUUAUUGCCUAAAAUUAAUGAUAAACCAGAAAAUUGUCCAAAUUUACUAAAUAACGAGGAAAAUGAAGAUGAACUCGAUUCAGUUACUCCAUCCUC